AUGGCUGAGAUAAAGUCAUCCGGGAGACCAAUUGAUCAAUUGCUGGAGAAGGUCCUGUGCAUGAACAUACUUUCUUCUGAUUACUUCCGAGAUCUCUUGGGAUUGAAAACGUACCAUGAAGUGAUUGAUGAGAUUUAUGUCACUGUCACACAUGUCGAGCCAUGGAUGACUGGGAACUGCCGGGGACCAUCAACCGCAUAUUGCCUUCUGUACAAAUUCUUCACUAUGAAGCUCACUGUCAAACAGAUGCAUGGCCUGUUGAAUCACACAGAUUCCCCUUACAUAAGAGCAAUUGGGUUUCUCUACUUAAGGUACGUUGCAGAUCCGAAGACAUUAUGGAGUUGGUACGAACCAUACCUGAAAGAUGAUGAGGAAUUUUCUCCCGGGUCGAAUGGCAGAAUGACUACAAUGGGUGUGUAUGUGCGUGAUUUACUUCUUGGACAGUACUAUUUUGACACACUCUUCCCGCGCAUUCCUGUGCCCGUCAUGCGGACAAUCGUCUCAAACCUUGAGAGCAUGAAGCUGCCCACCAAGCACUGUGGGGUCACGGGCGAGACGACCCGCGGGUCGGAUGAGACAGCCCGGCGUCCCCCUUCCGUUAAGGCUUCCCUCUCUGUCUCCUUCGGCCAGCGGGCCCCACAUCGGGCGUCGACCCGGGACUCAUCCCCUGUUAGGCGCACGGCUGCCCCAUCCGAAAACGACUCGAGGCGGUCCCCCUACCACCAUCGGGGCGAUUUAGAUAGAGAGAGGGGCCGGGAUAGGGAUCGGGAGAGGGAGAGGGAAAUGGAUAGAGGAGAUAGAGACAGAUACAGAAAGUAUGAUUAUGAUAGGCACGGGAGAGAUAAUUAUCAUGAGAGGAGGGAUCGUGAGGAGCGCUAUCGUGUGGGGUCCCACAGGAGCAGGAGCAGGAGCAGGAGCAGGAGUCGAAGCAGAUAUGAUAGAGGUGAAGGUGAGAAGACCCGAGUGAGUCCAUCUAGGAGUGGGGACAAGGAUAGGAAGUCUGCCGCCAGCAAUCUUGCCAAGCUUAAGGAUUUAUAUGGCGACUUGAACGGGCAGAAGGAGGAUAGGAGAGCAAACCAAUCAGGUGGUACAGAGGAAGUUAUCAGGCUUGGUGGCUCGACUUGGAGGUAG